AUGCAGUUUGACGAAAUUACGGUAGAUUGCGAAAGGGUCGAUAUGGUUAUGGCUCGUUGCGUGAUUCCGACCAAUAGCGUCUUCAGAAUUGGCUUUGUGGACGUGAAGUUAUCGGUGGACGCUGGAAAGAACUACCCGUGGCACACUAAAUUUUACAUAAUACAACCUGGUCUGGCACGGCGGCGAGUGAACUUGAUCAACGAUCCCAGAGAGCCGAUGAACAACUGGAACUUCUAUGAUCCACAGAAUUUGACGUUGUCCUGGGAAUGGGAGAACAUUACUGCAAACACAAACACAGCCGUCGACAUCGCCCUUUGGGGCUACUGGGAGGACACCGAGGGGCAUUCUUUCAAGCAGAUCGGCUAUAUAGCUAAGAGGCAUCCAAAUACCGGCGUUCUCUCGUUUUCGCCCCGUAAUUUGGAG